AUGUCUUUACAGAACAAUGCUGGGGAUUCCAUGCUGCCACCAAAUCCGAUGACGCCAGCGUCAAAUUCUCUCCAUAAUGUCUUCCGCCCUCCGAAUAUUGGCCAGGCCGGUACUCCAGUUCAACCAUUCACAGUGCAACCAACAGGCCCUACACAAGUGUUCCCUAUAAUUCCUACUCAAGUGCAGCCAGGUGUUCCUACAGCAGUCGCCCAAGCAUCCCUUCGGAAUGCCCAAAAUCCGAGUGCUCCACAACUAGGCGCCAUGCAACAGUUUCCACCAAAUAUCCAUUUUCCGCAAGGACAAAUGCCUCCAGUGCCAGCCAGACAUUUCGCAGGAGCUUCGCAGCCUCCAACGCCACCCUCCGUUGUUCUACCACCACAACCUCCCCUAGCUGGACAGAUCCCUCCUGCACAGGGCGCAGCAAUUGGCCUUCCGCCACGUCCCGUUUCUCCUCCACCUCUUCCUCCGCGCGUUGAGAUCAUCAACGCACAGGCAGCGAACUCCUCCCUCGAGCAGUUAGGAUGUGGAUUUGACUGGCUGACAAACACUUGCAAAGACGUGUUUAAUAUCGGAUGGUGCGGACAAUGUCACGACUUCGGGAACAUAUUUGUGCAUGACUGCAAAUGUGUGCGACCACUAAUUGUCCUGCCACGACCGCCCCAACCACAGCCUCGAUCACCGCACUCACUGUUCAGUAUGAUCUAA